AUGGCUGAAGCAGGAGAGCCCGCUGUUUUGAUUGGUCCAGAGCAAGCCUAUACAACUCAAGGAAAUAAUGUGAUUAUCGGCGAACCACGUGUAGCACCGAAUGUCGAAAACAAUUCAGGGCGCAAGUUGGUGCUUGAGAAGGAUGAUGAAGGCAAGAAAAUGUUGAAGAUCACCACUGGAUCAACGCAAUAUUUGAGAUGCCAGUGGUGGCUCAUGACCAAGUACAAGCAACAAAAGGUCGAUUCCCAGAAUUGGCCGUUAAAAAAAAGAGAGUCUACUCCACCUAAGCGAGAAGAUGACAAGUUCAAGCAAUUGGUGGUAGCGCAACCAGCAACUCCACCUCAGAGAGAUGCUCCUCGUGUAUCUCGAUGGGGUCCCCCGAUUCCACCUUCGGUUACGCCACAAUGGGGUCCCUAUGGAGUUUGGGUGUCGUAUCCUCCGACGGCGCCUAUGCAUAGUCAGCAAAGGUGGGGAGAGCCUGUUGGUCAAGUUCCAAGGACCUCUGUGUUUAGCCGAUUGAACAAUGGUCAAUUGAGCAUCAGUGGGGCAAGUCAAGACCGUGUGAUUACUUCUAGGACUUUGACUCCACAAGAAUCGGGAAAGGUACCAAUGCAGCAGGUUUAUGUGCCUAAAAAGAUCGAAGUUCCCGCCGUUCCCCCACCAAGAGCUAGGCCACAAUCUGUUGUCACAAUCAGCUCCAUGGAAGCUCCUGUCAUUAAUCAUGAUGGGCCAAUUGUAAUUGAAGAAAUUCCAACAUCUAAGCAAGAUGAAGCUCUCAAAGAUGUUGCUGGAAUUGAAGAAAAGAAGCGUGCCGAAGGAGAUUCAAGUAUCGACAACCCAUAUGGUGUCCUCGUUCCUGAGGUUCCCGACGAGGAGAUGGUUGACUAUGAAGCCACCCCAGAAAGAGGAGAGAUCAAUGUGGUUGUUUUGUCUGCCGAUUACUACAUCGUGGCAGAUGACUCUACGGCGACAAAAUUUAACUUCAUAACGGAGAGCACUGUAUUUCAGAAACCAGAUGACUCCGCUAACCAUCUCAAGCCGCUACUUGUGAAGGGCCAUAUCAAUGGUACGUUGGUCCAUAGCAUGUUGGUGGACAGUGGGGCAAUAGUGAACUUGAUGCCAUAUCUACUUUACAAGAAGCUCGGUGGCACUAAUGAGGAGCUGAUCAAGACCAACAUGACGAUCAGUGGUGUUGGAGGAGGUGUUCCCAUCCCAACCGAUGCUUCUACGCUAGGGGGGCAUGAUGCUAUUGUUUGCUUGUCUGGUAGAGACCUUUCUAGCUUUGAGUUUAUUAGUGUUACUAGGCAAGGUUUUGUUCCUAUAUCUUUGAAGCCAAUUGACAAUCGGCUCAAUAUCAUCAUGUAA